AUGGCCUCGGCGCGGAAUGCUCAAAGACCAAAUGGACGAGCCCACCUCACACCCGGUCAAACCGCCUCCCGACGUGCUGCAGUAGGCUCCGCCACUCAAAUAAUCACUCCCGAAGACACAGCCUCCUCCCGCUCAGUCUCCCCAGAUCCACUUGUCCUCCGCCUCCGAGGUGCCCACGACGCGACGGGCUCCAGUCCACAUACGCACACGCACAAUCAUACACGUCGACGAAUACAGUGGGCAGCAGACGUGGUGGACAACGAGGGCCUGGGCCGCAAAUCCAGCAAAGUGUGCUGCAUAUACCAUAAGGAACGGGCGUUUGGAGAGUCUUCCAGCGAGGACGACAGUUCAAGCGACAGCUCCAGCGACGAUAACGAUAGUGACGGCGGAGGGAGUGAUAGUCCGGACGACGGUGCCGCGAGAAUGAGUGGAAAUCGGAGGGGACGAAAGGAUGCGCGGGGCCAUCAACACAGGCAUGGUGAUGAGUGUGGGCAUGGGGGUGGAAGUGGACAUGGCAAGGGAAAGGGCAGGAGGAAACCCAGUCCGAAUGCGUAUGAGAAGAUGCCCAAGUACAACACGAAGGGGAAGGGGGAGUUGGUGAAGACGUGA